UUUAAAGCAAAUACACACGCAUCGCACACACUAACCACUACUGUUGUUUAAGACAAAAAUGGUUUUUAUCGUCAGGUGUUCGUUGUGUUUUGUAUUCAUGUCAUUGAUUAUUUAACAAGUAGAUUCUUGAACAGACGUAAGAUUUUCAUUAGUUACAGUACCCUGUACAUUUAUUUAUAUGCUAACAAAUCAUGCCGUCAGAAACCUAUACAGUGGAUCAAGAUGCCUUCAAAAGUAAAUUUAACAUCAAUAAAAUACAUCAGAAACACGAAUUCAGUGAAGAAAUUGAGUUGCCAUCAAUCAUAAACGCAUCGAUCCACUCAGGAUUAUCGAACUCCACGCUAAAUCUGAAUAAUAGAUCCACUGUCAAAUCAGAAUGCAAAUCCGUAUCGGAAGUCAAGUUUGGCCUCUUGCGUAUUUUCCGAUACGCAGAUAUUUGGGAUAUGAUAUUGAUGAUAUUGGGUAUCAUAAUGUCUUUGGCUACUGGUGCUAGCUUACCCAUUUUGGCAAUGAUUUUCGGUGAUAUGACAAAUACAUUUAUCAGACAAACUAAUGCGCUAAAUCCCAUUACAGCAACAACACCGGAUUAUGGCGUCCUCCGCUCGGCUGUAUCAAACGAGACAACUACACAGUUUGAUUCUAUUCCACCACUCACUCCCGAAGAGUUUGAUAGUUACAUGACGCAAUUUGCGCUUUACUAUUUAUACAUUGGUAUUGCCGUAUUGUUAUCUGCAUACAUACAGACAUGGUGCUGGGAGAUGGCAUGUGAAAGACAAGUUUACAGACUUCGCAAUGUGUUUUUCGCGCAGAUUAUAAGACAAGACAUAACUUGGUUCGAUACUAAUCAGAGCAGUGAUCUUACAUCAAAACUAUUCGAUGAUUUAGAACGAAUUCGAGAAGGUAUAAGUAGCAAGUUUAGCAUGCUCACGCAGUACGUAUCUACAUUUAUUUCUGGUCUGCUAGUUGGUUUCUAUAUAAGUCCUAAACUAACAGGGAUCGUGCUCCUCGUUGGACCUAUAAUUAUAGGAAUCAUGAGUUAUCUGAGUCUGAAUGCGUCCAAAGCUUGUCAUAGAGAACAAAUAAAAUACGCAGAAGCCGGAUCGAUUGCCGAAGAAAUAUUUACUUCCAUUAGAACAGUAGCUGCGUUCGGAUUAGAAAAACAAGGAAUCUCACGGUAUAUUGCAGCGUUAAGAAAAGGACGUAACAUUGCAACUAAAAGGUAUAGGGUUUUCUCUAUAGGACUUGGUACCGUAUUCAUGUUGAUGUACAUAGGUUAUGGAGUUGCGUUUUACUACGGAGCUAAUUUGAUUUCAAUCGGUGAAGCUACACCUGGCACAGUUUUUACUGUUUUCUUUAGCGUGAUGGCAGGAUCAUUUUCUAUUGGUAACUCUCUACCGUAUUUAAAUUCAGUUAGUACAGCCAUCGGGGUGGCAAGAAAUUUGUACGGUAUUAUCGACAGAGUUCCAAAAAUUGAUUCUUAUUCAAAAAACGGAUUAAAACCGAGAAAGGUUAUCGGUAAAAUUGAAGUUCAAAACGUAAAUUUUAGAUAUCCAUCGAGACCAGCAGUAAAAGUACUAAAUAAUUUAAAUUUUACAACCAAACCCGGUCAAACAGUUGCAUUAGUAGGUUCAAGUGGUGCUGGUAAAAGUACUAUUGUAGGUCUACUUUUACGAUUCUAUGACCCAGAAGCUGGACAAAUUUAUUUAGAUUCUAUUAAAUUAACCGACCUUAAUGUUCAUUGGCUACGAGAUCAAAUCGGGGUUGUAUCUCAAGAACCUAUUCUUUUCGGAGUGUCAAUAGCUGAUAAUAUUCGAUAUGGCCGAGAAGAUAUAACGAAUGAUGAACUUAUUGAAGCCGCUAUUCAAGCUAAUGCUCACGAUUUUAUAAAAGAAUUGCCAAACGGCUAUAACACGUAUGUUGGCGAUAGAGGUUGUCAACUAUCUGGUGGACAAAAGCAACGGAUCUCAAUAGCAAGGGCAUUAGUUAGGGAUCCAAAAAUACUUUUGUUGGAUGAAGCAACGUCAGCGUUAGACUCUCAGAGUGAAGGAAUUGUUCAAGAUGCAUUGGAUCGAGUAAUGAAAGGUAGAACAACUAUUAUUGUAGCUCAUAGACUCUCAACAAUUAAGAAUGCGGAUGUCAUACAUGCAAUGAAGAACGGUAAAAUUUACGAAUCUGGAACACAUACUGAAUUAAUGAAUAAAAAAGGUUUGUACUAUAAAUUAGUGGUGACUCAAACCAAUACAUGUAACAAGGACAAAGAAGAAAUAGUUUUGAGAGAGGAAGAUAAAACUGAUGAUUAUGAAAAUUGUGAAGAAAUACUUGAAGAUUCUUCAAUAUGUGUAGAUGACAAUUUAAAAGAAAUUGAAAAAAAUUCCAAAUAUUGUAUGUGGAAAUUAAUUAAAUUUAACUCACCGGAAUGGGCGUUUUUAUUAUUUGGUUGUAUCGGUUGUAUCAUCAACGGUGGUUUAGUUCCUAUUUAUGCAUAUUUUUAUGGACAAGUGUUUGAGUCUUUAACACUGAAAGGCGAACAAUUGAAAAGAGAAUCACGAUUUUGGUCUUUAAUGUUUGUCGUACUUGGAAUAAUGGCUGGUUUGACCAUAGUAUGUCAAACGUGGCUACUAACAUUCGCUUCGGAGAAACUAAUGAUGCGUCUCCGAGCUAUGGCAUUCACCAAUAUACUCAGGCAAUCUGUUGGAUGGUUCGACAAUAAAGACUCGAAUCCAGGGUGUUUAACCACGAAAUUAGCAAGAGAUGCUCCAAUAGUGAAAGCGGCUGGUGGAAUGCGUGCCGGUCAAGUGAUGUCAUCGGCUGUAACGCUCAUCAUAGCUGUUUGCAUAGCAAUAAUUUAUGGAUGGAAACUAGCUAUAGUGCUUGGCCUCGCUGUCCCAUUGAUAAUAUGCGCCGGAUACCAACAACAAAUGGGUCUCAGAAAAAACCAACGAAGAGACGCGAAAUUUAUGGAUGAAGCGGGAAGAAUUGCAACCGAAAGUGUACAGAACGUGCGUACAGUGCAAUCGUUAGGAAUAGAGGAAAAGUUUGUUGAGCUCUAUCAUAAAAGCUUAAGAAUUCCAAACAAAGAAGCAAAAAAACAAGCAUACGUAUAUGCGGCUUUAUUUGCUCUGUCACAAUCGAUUACAUAUGUACUAUAUUCAGUCGCUUUCAAGUAUGGAUCAUAUUUAGUACUUCAAGGAGAAAUGACACCUUCCGCUGUAUAUAGGGUUUUUUUCGCACUGUCAUUUUCCGCCCAUUCCGUCGGUCAUACAAUGGCGUUCCUACAAGAUUAUGCUAAAGCGAAACAUUCUGCUUCCCUUAUAUUUCAACUAAUUGAAAAACCAACGGAAAUUGAUAGUCAAUCGAACGAUGGGGAAAAACCGGAAAUAAUAGGUAAAAUAUCAUUUAAAGACGUUAGUUUUUCAUAUCCGUCUAGAAAAACAAAGAAAGUCCUUAAUCACAUGGAUUUCACGGUGGAACCAGGAAAAACAUUAGCAUUAGUCGGUGAAUCAGGUUGUGGAAAAAGUACAGUUAUUUCACUUCUUGAGAGAUUUUAUAAUCCUUCUUUCGGUGUCAUCGAAGUAGAUGACAAAGACAUCCGGACAAUAAAUAUCAAACAUUUGCGAAAUAACAUUGGUCUAGUUACUCAGGAACCCGUGUUGUUUGACUGUACCAUCAGAGAAAAUAUCAGUUAUGGUGUAUCUUGUAAUGACGUACCAUUUGAUGCAAUAGUUGAAGCUGCGAAAAAAGCGAAUGCGCAUAAUUUUAUCAUGAAUUUACCACAAGGUUAUGACACAAUAACUGGUGAGAGAGGUACACAGCUGUCUGGUGGUCAAAAACAAAGAAUUGCUAUAGCUAGAGCAUUGGUAAGAAAUCCUAAAAUACUUUUGUUAGAUGAAGCGACUUCAGCAUUGGACACAGAAAGUGAAAAAAUUGUUCAAGAAGCUUUAGAUGAAGCUAGGAAAGGUAGGACAUGUAUUACAAUCGCUCAUCGUUUGUCAACAAUCCAAUCAGCAGAUGACAUUGCUGUAGUUUGGCGAGGGCAAAUCACCGAACUUGGUUCUCACGAAGAAUUACAAAAAUUAAAGGGAUGUUACUAUGAAUUAGUGAAACGGCAACAGUUGUAACAAUAAAAAAUUGUGCCACGAGAUGUACAAUAUUGCGAAAAUACAGAAAUCAAUUUAAAAUUGUUUAUGUAAAAUUGUCCAUACUUUUAAAUCAUCUCUACACUAUAAUAUUAUAUAUAAAAGACAUAACAUACUGUCUUAUAUUAUAAACAUAUUUAUUAAACGGCAGACCAAAUCAUAUUA